AGCUCACCGUCGUUUCCACCGUGAGUUAAAAACGAUUAAUACGCUGUUUAUACUGUGCUAGAGUUGGCUUGUCUAACGCUAAUUUAGGUUUUUAGUAGUUUAGAGGCGGCUUGGCGUGAAGCGAUGCGGUUAGAUAACUUUAGUUAGGUUAUGUUUGUUGGCUAGCUAACGAACUAGCUUGCUUAUCACCUGGCUUGCUAGCCUGUUUAUAGCUAAUGACUGUCGUGGCUGUCUGAGUUCUGCUGGCUAACACAACAACUUCGCUGCGGAGAAUAAAGACCUCGACAGAAGAGCGUGAGCGAGUGUCUGAGGCCUGUUUGAGUCUCUGUGGGUCUCAGUCUGGCAGUUUGUGUUGUGAGAAUUGGGAUUUGCGCUGUUGCUAGGAGACAGUACAGGCAUCUAAUUAAAGUGCAUCAGCGGGAAGAAACGCGCGUCUGCGGCCUCGGCCUAAUGUCACUGUCAGCUGCGGGUAACCAGGGACGCCUCAACGCCGCAGACACGCUCUCUCGCACACACUCACUAACACACACAUGCGAACCGACCUGAUCAGCGGUCACAUCAGGAACAGGUGCACAGGCUGCGCGUUAAAGACUGCUGGAAAAAAAAGAUGUUUGACGUGAUUCAGUCCUUAAUGCAAAACCUAACAAACAACGAGAGAUGCGCAAUAAAUGGAAAAAUACUUAGGACGUCCGGGGAUCUUUCAAUCGAGGACUUUAAGGUUCUCACCUUACUUGGUAAGGGAUCCUUUGCAUGUGUUUACAGAGCUAAGUCUGUGAACACGGGCUUGGAGGUGGCGAUCAAAAUGAUUGAUAAGAAAGCCAUGCACAAAGCUGGCAUGGUCCAACGUGUCAUUAAUGAGGUAGAGAUUCAGUGUCGGUUAAAACAUCCGUCAAUACUGGAGCUGUACAAUUACUUUGAGGACAGUAAUUAUGUGUACCUGGUGCUGGAGAUGUGCCAUAAUGGGGAGAUGAGCCGCUAUCUGAAAGACAGGAAGAAACCUUUCACAGAAGAAGAAGUGAGACUCUUCAUGCAUCAGAUUGUAAAGGGCAUGCUGUAUCUGCACACCCAUGGAAUUAUGCACAGGGAUCUGACCCUAUCUAACCUGCUGCUCAGCAGCAGCAUGAACAUUAAGAUAGCAGACUUUGGUCUCGCCACGCAGCUCAAACUGCCCAGCGAGAAGCACUUCACCAUGUGCGGCACACCUAACUACAUCUCUCCUGAGGUAGCCACACGCAGUGCCCACGGCCUGGAGUCUGAUGUCUGGUCACUGGGCUGCAUGUUCUACGCCUUCCUAACAGGCAGGCCUCCUUUCGAUACGGACACUGUCAAACAGACCCUCAACAAAGUGGUUUUAGGAGAGUAUCAGAUGGCCACUCACGUGUCAGCUGAGGCUCAGGAUCUGAUUCGGCAGCUGUUACAGAAGGACCCUACUCUCAGACCCAGCCUCUCAGCGGUGCUGGACCACCCUUUUAUGACCCAGAGUGGACCCACUGCAAGCAAAGAUUCUGGCGCUAGUGAGGGAGGCUCUAUAGAUAGUGGCAUAGCAACAAUAUCUACAGCUUCCAACACCACGAGCAGCAGCAACAGCCGUCUCCACAGGAAAGCCCGGCAGGUGAUUGGCCAGGCCUUACCGAACCGCAUGGUGCCGCUCCCCAGCCAGUCGCAGCACUCCACUAGCUCCAGUUUUAAGAGUGGGCAAGACUGGCAGCCACAUCCAUCAGGCAAUAUGAGGCUUCUUGUGGAUGCAGACCGUGAAAGGCCCCAUUCUCGAUACCUGAGACGUGCCCACUCCUCUGAUCGGUCAGGUGCUGGAUUUAGCCAUGCUAGGCAGGAGGUGGAGUUGGAGCGAUGCCACUCAGAGGAGGUGAUUCCAGGCUCCAAUCGGAUCUUCCCAUCAGCUUCAAGCUACCGGGAAACUCCUCAUGGCUAUUCUGAACAUGGGCGGCUUCCUUCCCCCCCGGUCAAACAGCCUGCAAACCCUGGGUCCUCCUUCUCUACUCCAGCACAUCCAGUCAGACUGCAGAUGGCUGAAUCAGAGACACAGCCAUGGUUCAGUACAGAUGGGUCUUUUAAGAGGCCAGCAGAUGUCAGCGGCCACAGCAGCAGUGGAAGUUUUCAUUCUGGGCGGGAAGCAUUGGAGGCUGUACCUUCCUGCAGUGACAGACCAAUGCUGAGAGGAACCAGUGGUCUUCCUCCAAACUCAUACAGCCAUUCAUCCUUGCAGAACAAUCCAAGACCCUGCAGGGGGGGUGGACUGGGAGGGGGGCAAUUGCCUGCAUCUAAGGACUGUCUAGAUGUACAGGGUGCACCUCUUUCCAAGAGCAAAGCUAAUGUGGGAAAGGAGAAGAAGAGUCCAUUUCCUCCUCUGUGUGCAGCCAGACUGAAGCCUAUCAGACAAAAGACCAAAAAUGCUGUGGUCAGCAUCCUAGACACAGGAGAAGUGUGUAUGGAGCUUUUGAAAGGCCAGGGAACCCAGGAGAGGGUCAAAGAAGUGCUCAGGAUAUCCUGCGAUGGAUCCAUGGUCACUGUGUACCAGCCCAACGAUGGUAAAGGGUUCCCUGUCUUGGACCAUCCACCUUCUCCCCCAGAAGAUAUUUUUAUAUGCAGUUAUGAGGAUUUGCCAGAGAAAUACUGGAAGAAGUAUCAGUAUGCUACUAAGUUUGUUCAGUUGGUGAAGUCAAAGACUCCUAAAGUAACCUUGUACACCAAGUUUGCCAAAUGCAUGUUGAUGGAGAACUCCCCUAAUGCAGACCUGGAAGUGUGCUUUUAUGAUGGUGCCAAAACCCACAGGUCGGGUGAUCAGGUACGAGUGGUGGAGAAAAGUGGAAAGUCAUACACGAUGAAAGGGGAUAUUGGCCUGAGUGGUGUCAGUCCUGAGUGCAGACUCUACAUGGAGCUUGCAGAUGAGGGUCACAGAAUGUGUCUCUCUUUGGAGGCUGCAAUAAGUGCUGAGGAGCAGCGUAGUGCCAGAGCUACACCUUUCUUCCCCAUCACUAUUGGCAGGAGGCCAACUAACCCUACCUCCUCAUUCCCUGCAACACAGCCUGCUUCUGAUCAGAGUCCUGCAAUGCCUGCUGAGGUGGCUCAGGUGUGCCUGAGUCCGCCCCAGGCACCCCAUAUCACCCCUUCUAUGAUUUCCUACAAUGGGUCUGAUUUCACAACAGCCAGUCUGGCCAAAGGCAGCUCACCCCAGUCAGCCAAAGAUGGGCAUAAUGUCAAUACUGGAAAAGUACUUAAGUCCAUCUUUGUACCCAACAUUGGUUGGGCCUCACAGCUAACAACUGGAGAAGUGUGGGUUCAGUUUAAUGAUGGAUCCCAGCUAGUGGUCCAAGCAGGGGUCUCCUGUAUCACGUUCACCUCCCCAGAAGGACACAUCACAAGGUAUAAGGAGAAUGAGAAGCUACCAGAGCUGGUAAAGGAGAAACUGCAUUGCCUGUCCUCCAUCCUAAGCCUCCUGGCCAGUCCAGCUGUACGACGCUGAGCAGCAGAAAUAGCUUGGAGAAAAGGACCAUAGUGAAAAGCACUUCUUUAUUUCAGUAAAAAAAAAUCUCUUUCAAAAAAAAUGCAUUAAGUAUCUGUAAAUACAUUUUAAAACGUUGUACAGAUUGUUCCAAGAUUAUGAAAAUUAUAUAUUUUUAUGUUGUACAGUAUGGAUUUUUUUGUAGUGGUUGUUAUGAGCAUUUGGAUUGUGUAAAAAAAAUAUUUUUUUACUCAGCAAAAAGGUUACUCCAGAGCUGCAGUGAAAUGUCAUGGGCAAAAAUGCAAGUAAUAAACAUCGUCUGCUGGCUAAA